AUGCCAAUACUCAGCGACGAGACUUGUCCGACUCAUCAUGACUGGUUCACGGCGGUGCUCACAGGAGGAUUAUGUUUGGGCCUCAUCAUAUCUUACUUGCCUCAACACUUCCGCAUCAUCAGCAAAGGCUCGUCAGAGGGCUUCAGUCCGUGGUUCCUGCUGCUCGGCAGCACUUCGGCAGCAUCGGGAAUGUUGAACAUGAUUACGAUGCAAUGGACAAUCAUCAGAUGCUGUCGGGCCUUGACCUUCGGCGGUUGCAUAGAGGUCACGGCCGGAGUCUUCCAGGUGGGGCUACAGUGGCUGAUGUUCACCAUAAUAUUAGUGCUUUAUAUGAUAUACUACCCUCCGCAUCUUAAAUACGUCGAACUCGACGACGACGCUCAGAACAUACAUCAUCUAAAGACUCAUGUCAAGACAGAUUCAUGGCGGCUUUCCAUCACUCUCUCCUGGGUGGUGUUCGUUCAUAUCCUCCUCAUUACAUUUGUUACGUUUCUUCUGCUAGGAACUACGACUACCUUUCCGCGACCACCCGUCGUUGAUAUAUGGGCGACCUUCCUCGGCGUCGCCUCCGCAGUUCUCGCAGCUGUGCAAUAUGCACCGCAAAUUGUCCACACGUAUCGUAUGAAAUUGGUCGGGGCUCUGAGUAUUCCUAUGAUGUGUAUCCAGAGUCCCGGCGCCGUCCUAAUGGUGCUUAGCAUCGCGCUCAGGCCUGGAACAAAUUGGACCAGCUGGAUCACAUUCGCUGUUGCAGGGCUCAUGCAAGGAUCAUUGCUCAUAAUGUGCAUCCUAUGGAAAAUCCGUCAGCGCAAAUUACAGAUUGACGACUUCGGUCACUCUAUCACACCAUCGAGCUCAGGAGCGCCGGAAGAAUACGUACCAGUGCCGGUAGCGCAAGGGCCACAAGAGGGCGGCUCGAUACACGAAGCAGUCGAGUAUGCGGUAGAGGAAGACAUCCGAGCUUACCGAGAAGACCAUGGGACUGGAGAGGCCACGCCUUUGCUGCAUUCGCAGGGUGAUCAGAAGAAAGCGAAGCUCACGUCCUGGCUUCCCUGGAAGAGAUAGAAUGUCACGAAGUCGUGUGGAUAUAUAAGUGCGUUUUGCGAUUACAACGGCUGUUCUGGAGCGCUUUCAAGUCAAGCCCUGUUGUGCUAGAGAGCUGUGCAGCAAUACUGGGGCAAGGAGGGUGUAGACAAGAAGAGUGUUCGGCGCAUAUUACAUCGUCGAGCUAAAUAUCAGAUUUGAGAAUCAUUAAGGC